AUGUCUCCUUCCUCUCCAGAGUUGAUCUCGAAUUAUUUUUCAAUUUUAAUGGAAGAAUCCAUAGAUCAGGACAUGAUCGAUCAUCCCAAAGCAAAAACAGUUCGAAAACGACUCGGAUCAACUCCUUCUUCUGGCAUUCCAAAAAAGAAAAACUGGACCAACAUAAAGUCCCAGCAACAGCGUCCAGUAAGAUUUGAUUCCACAAAGAGAUCCAUCAAGCUCAUGUCAAAAUGUUGCUGCUGCUUGAACCAUCUACCAGCGGAGCUGUUGAUUUAUAUUUUCGAUUUCACAUGUCCCUUUUUUCAAAUGCUCUCGGAGUAUGACAAGACCACCACUUGUUCAACAUGCAGCACACACGAGCAAGUGCUGGUUCGAAUAAUUCCUCAAUUUUUCAAACUACAUGUCGCUCCGAGUGAAAGAGAAGAACAUUGGAAACUCCGAGUCGUGAAUGUCCAUAAUUAUGCAGACAAGAAACGGAAAUUCUUAAUUGAAGAUUUACUUGAAAAUUCAUUCAUGAAUUACUUGCUCGUGAAUAAGCAAUGUUUUUAUCGAGUUUUUGUGACAGAGUGUUCAGAGAAUGAUUCGGUUCGCUUAUUUUGGGAAUUUUUAGGAAUUUCUUUGCAGAAUAUUCAUGCCAUUGCUGAGACCAUCUUGUGUCAAGUUCCAUUUCGACCAAAAUCGUGGCUGUAUUUAUUUGGAGGAACACACAUUUCAAAGAUCAAUGAUCACGAGCUGAUUGAACAUGUCAUUCGCUUACAAAAUAGUUCAGAACAUUUUGUUGAACUGUAUUUGAAUGGUGGGAAAUUUGGACUCAAUUCUUCAAUCAUGGAUAAUAAUAACAACAGAUCAUGGACAUCUCAUCCAAUGUUGAAUUUCUCUUCGAAUGAACCAUGGAGAAAUUACUUGAAUUUUCUCAGAAGGAAAUUUAAAAAACAUACUCAAUUGGUGCAAAAUCCCAACUAUAUCUUUCAGGUAAAUCAGACUGUGACUCUUUUACUCACCACACAUCACAAAUAUUCGAACCAGUUUGUUGAAAGACAAUACAAGAUGAUUGCGAAAAAGAAGUAUGAAACGUCCUCUUCAAAUAUGGAAAGAGAAAGAAUGUGCGAGUUUUUACAAUUGUUGUAUGAAGAGUUUAAGGUACCUCUUUCCAUGAGUCUUAAACAAGUUCCAUGGGAUCCAAGAAGUGACAGGUUCAAAAUUCAAAGUGAAAUUCUAAAUACCACCUGUUUGGCAUUUGAAACCACUUGCGAACAUUCUCAAACCGAUCUUUUCACAACCCUUCUCUCUUCAAAUAUUUUACACAACGAUUCAUUAACACUGGAAGAGAAAACACUUCACAUUGUGGCUCUUCUCUUUUCUAAUAGUGGUCUUUUAACGAGUUUAUUUUUGACCUUUCGAUUGGAACAAUUAUUUCAAUUGUUACAAAUGGUCGAGGAACAUGCAAACAAUGUUCUUACUAAAAGAGUGAAUGCAAACGACUCUAUUUCACACUUGUUACAACAUGUCAUGAAGAACAUCAAACUGUUGGUUCAAAGAGAGGAUCAUGUCAUUCAAACUCUAUGUCAAGUGUUAUCAAAAAUAUGGAAAAUUUCGAACAUUGACAUUUCAUUAACAAGUUGCUUAAAUGUGUGGAUUCAAGAAACAUGUUUCAAACUCGAUGUAUUUGAAGAGGAGGAGGAAUCACUGAAGACAUUUAUUCUCUCCACCUUUGAAACAAUAUUUUGUCAAUUGUAUUCUUUCUAUCGACCUCAUGAGAUUGAACAAGCGAUGGAACGAACAUGUGAGAAUGGGUGUCGUCGUCAUAUGGGACAUGUUCUUUUGGAAAAUGCUCUUCGAAAUGCAAACGUUUUUGAAAUUGUGUUAAAUACAUCGUUUCAUCAACCAACCUUGAUUGGUCACUUCCAUCACCACAUGAAAGGUUUUAAAAAACGAGAACGAUUUAAAAGUCGACAACACGAACUGAAUCUUGGUGGAAUCAAUGAGAGGACGGGUGUGUUUGCUUACUUGAUACCAAGUUGUUGUUGUAGUAGUAAUAAUGAGGAGAAACAUUCGGGUACUAGUGAUAAAAUUAUUGUUGAAAAGGUCCUUUCGAUAUCAUUCAAAGUUAGAGGAGGAGUGACGAGGAAUUACAGAGUUAUCAAUUAUAAAAUCACUGCAAAGGAACCAUCCAUGCCACUCGAAAAGUUGCUGUCACGAAUGGAAGUGUUGAGAAAAUACAUUGGACAGAAGAAGUGUUUGGAAAUGCUGAAAAAUCAUCCAUCAUUUGUUGCUUCGUUGAAAUUAUUCAUGAGAGUUGAAGAAAAAUCUAAUAUCGUGAAGAUAAUGGUUCAUCGAUUGGUGGAGUUGUUGAAAGAGUGGGGAAUGGAAAUGAUGGAAGAGGAAGAACUGGAGAAACAGUUUUGA